AUGCCAAAGCAGGUCCACUACUAUGCCGGCUCAGAUCCCAAGCCAUUAUCGCAGGCUCAAAAUACUUCUAAGCUAGUAGCUCGAUACCUUUACCAAAUUCUUCACGGUUGCGGUUCGUCAACAUGUACACAGCUUACUUGCAGAUCUUUCAAAUCAUCUAGUUUGUUGUCCCCAAGCCAACAGUUUACACCCUUUGCAGCACUCAAUUUAGCCAUUCACCUUACAUCUCUUCGUGGUUGCAAUGCACUUUGUAAAUCUCUUUGUAUCCCUAUUCUUCCUCCAUCAGUAGCUGUGCUUCUAUACUCUAUUCCAGAAGAUCAUUCGGCUGAACACACCCAGUCUAAACCAACUAUUAGAAAACAACCUUCUUCUUCUUCUUCGUCUUCUUCUUCUUCUUCUUCUUCUUUUUCUUCUAACAAAGCUGCUAAUAUUGAAAUCCAGACCCCAGUAUUUGGCUAUCAUUUCAAUCUCAGUGAUCCAAUUCCUAUUCCAUGGAUUCCUUUGAAAAAAAGACAAGGUAAAGCUUCCAGAGAAUAUUAUCUUGACUUUGGGCUCAUCACCAGACGGGCUUCCCGUAACGGCAACUUGGAUUUAAAAACAGUCGAUCCAACUGGCAAGAAAACUGCAGCCACUCUCAUUACAAUUUUUACUUGUCAAUACCUGUGGGACUCAUCAGUUAUCAAGAAUGGACGCGGGCAGUCCACACUUGGGGAAAAGUUUUUCCCCUGUCUCGAUAAACUUGUUGAAUGGGCCAUGAAGAAUCUUGAUGAAAAUAGCCAACUUUUUUUUGUACGUACAGUCUCUGAUGCAAUUGUUGUACUUCCAGUAUUACAGCCACUAGUUACACAGCAAAUUCGUUCUUAUGAAGUCUGUAAAGCAGGAACAGAACUUAUCAAUUAUCUUACAAAAAUGGUGGAACUCGCGCACCCUUCAAACAUCCAAUACAUAAAUACACCAAUUGCAUUUUCAGCCUUCAAUGGUUUAUACUUCUCUAAACAGUACAGUGUCGCGUGCAGCAAAAAGGCGUUCCAGACAUGGAAAUCUUUCACAUCUUCUUCAAGCUCCCCAUACAUUGAUCACAUGUACAAGUCCAUGAACAGCAACGCUCAUCAAUUUGCUAAAUACAUGCCAGAACUCGAAAUACCAGAUACUAAAAUAGGACCUUAUCCUCUUAUUGAUUUUGUUCCAGACACUCCACGCGUCAUCAUCAAAGGUUUACUUAACGGUAAAACGCGACCACUUUUAAUUAAAUAUCCUUCAAAUCCCUCACGCAGUGACCAUCUUUCAACAUCUCUUCACAUGAUUUCUGACUAUCCUAAAUUUAUUUCCUUUGAAACUAGAUACCAAAUGUUUCGCUAUAAAAUGUAUGAGUGGAUGGAAAUGUCUAGAACUAUUUCACGAGGCGCACUAUCAAGUAUGUCUGGGUUUUUUAGUCCGCUUCCCGAGGCUUGUAUUAUCACCUAUUUCCAGAUUUCUGUUUACCGUGAAUCUCUAAUUGAAUGUGCGUUUAAUACGCUUAGUGGAUAUCUUCUAUUUGGAAUACCUCGCACUUUUAACUUGCCUUUUAGAGUUGAAUUUUCUGAUGCUGCCGAAAUUGGUGUAGAUCAAGGUGGAAUUCAGGUUGAGUUUUUCCAGUCUCUUGGCGUUGAAAUUAUGAAAGAUAGCAAUGCCUUUUUUAAAACGGACGACAAAUCUAACGUUGCUUGGUUCCCUGAAGUUAUAACAAGAAAUAUGGAAGAGUAUCUCUUGUUUGGAAUUUUUUUGGGAAUUGCUAUUUUUAAUGGCUGUACCGUUUCAAUCAGUUUGCCAUUAUUUUUUUAUGAACAUUUAAAAAUGUGUGUCCGUGGAAAUACAGGUUUUAACAAUUAUACUUUUACAGAGACUAUGAAUUACUUAAAGGAAAUAUAUCCUUCUGUGGAACUAAGUUUUCAAGUCAUGAUUCAAAAUCCAUCGGAAAUUGACAACAUGGAAAUUCCUUUCAGCGAUACACCAGGAAAUGAUACUUAUGUAACUUCAGAAAACUACCAUGCAUAUAUUUCUAAUUGGGUUAUGAAACGCAUCAAGGAAAAAUCUGAAAUCAUUGAAAUCAUAGCUCAAGGUAUUUUCCAAGUUGUUGAAGAACGCCAUCUCAGAGGAUUCUCUACCACUGAACUGCGUAAGAUAAUUGAAGGUGAAAAUUUUGUCACAGUUGAUGACUUAGAGGCCAAUGCAACAUACUCUGGGACUUUUACACAUUCUUCACUUACUGUUGUUCUGUUCUGGAAGCUUUUGAAAACUCGAUUUACAGAUGGUGAUAUUGUCCGCCUUUUUGAGUUUGUAACAGGCUCAGACCGUAUCCCACCUUCGCGCAAGUUUGAUUUCAUAAUCCAAUCAAGCACCUCAUCGCCAAAUAGAAUUCCAACAGCUUCGGUGUGCUUUUCUGUAAUUAAUUUUUCAGAGGAAUAUAAAAGCCUGGACCAUUUGGAAAGCAUGAUGCGUGUGGCUAUCGAAAACUCAAAGGGGUUCGGUUUGGCUUAG